CCGGCGCGCUGAGCCAUGCAGAGGCCCUGCAUUUACAUUUACCUUUGACCGUCAUUUGACGUUGCUUUAUAGCUUCGCCCCAUCAGACAUCCUUUCAUCGCGUGUACAUCCAAAACUCCUCUCUUAUUUAAAUCUAGUCUAACUCAUCUACCAUCACCUCAUAUCACUUCCUGGGUUUCUAUAUCCUUCCCAAUCAUCAUGAGCACCCUUGGAAUCCCAGUCUCACAUCAAGAUUCUUUCUGUCCACAGAUUCCUUCCUUCUCUCGCCCGCAAACUUAUCCCCGUCCUCGUGAGGUGCUGGCCAUAACCAUGAACAAUGUACUACCAAACCCCACAUAUAUCCACGACUACCCAAUACAUCCCUCUCGCUUCCCAAUCUCCUCCAUCCGUCCAGAUGGUCCACAGAAUACACCAUCAGUCCCACCACGCACUCCCCCAAAGCCUGUUUUCCCCCGUUAUGACCCUCUCCAUGUCCUCUCCCGUGAAUCCACACCACCUCCACCCACAAAGCAGUCCUUUCCAUCAAUCGUCCACCCCCUCCAGGUGGCGCCCGGUGUCCUGGCUAAUGGCGUCCUUACUGUGAUGCUGCCCGCUGUCCGCGAGUUUCUCAGUGCUGCUGUCACUGCGCCACCAGCCGCACCCGACCUCCCGAGCGACAGCAGAGUAUUAGCGCUUGCUGCACUUGCUGUCUUCUAUCGUCCAAUGCACCCUGCACAUUGGGUCUUUUGGAAUAAGGAACAGAAGAAGAACACUGCAGCAGUCGUGCAGAGUGUACUCGAUACCACUCCCACCCCCAUCAUCUCACCCAUCGGCUGGAUAGCCACCCAAGACAACCUCUGGAUUCUUGGUUCCCUCCAACACGCUUAUUCCAGUGCACUCUCUUCCCAACCCUGGUACGCCGCAUACGUCCCAUCUGAAAGCGAAACCCGCAUGAGUCUGCGCAAGCGCAAGCCCACCAUGAUCCAAGAACAAGUCAUCGAAGAUGACGAUGACGAUCUCCUCGUGCCUCCUCCUCCAAGGAAGCGUGCAAGGACGCGCAGGACUGCUACAGCUGCCAGGAGCCCGAGGAAACCGGACGAAUCUUCCCUUCCUGACAACGCGGAACCAGAAGAGGUGCCCGAUGAUGUCGAAGCAGGCACCGAACUACCGGAACCGGAAAUGGAGCUUAUGUUAACGCGCGCAGCAAAGCGCGAGCUCGUCGAAACGCCUGUGCUAGCACAGGAUGUGGAGAAAUCUGUCUCUCCGGAGCCGCGUAGGAGCCAGCGGAAGAAAGGCGAGUCGCCGGCAUCUUCGGCGACCACUCUCACGCGCACCCACUCGCGGGAGUUGUCGGCGGAGUCCGUAGAGGAUGUUGAAAGUGCUGGUAGCAGCACUGUUUGUGAAGAGGAACCGGACAAGUCAAAAGCAAAGAAGGGCCGUGCGGACAAGGUCGUUAAGUGCCUUGAUACAGUUGUCAAGCAUCUUGACGAUAACGGCGAGGAGGAGGAAGAUGAGGAGGAAGCAGAGGAGGAGAAAUCUGCUCCCGCCAAGAGAUCCCGCCCUUCAGCUUCUCGUGCAAAACCGAGGUCCAGGGCCCCACCAAAGAGAACCAACUCGACCAAUACCAAUUCCGAGGAAGGCGGCGAGCACGCAGAUGCUACUCCCGCACCUCCUGCGCCUAAGCCAAAAUCGCGCUCGCGCCCAAAGACGCGCAGGCGGUAGACUGGCACGGAUUCUUCUUGUUUCAACACAUCAACGAAUUUCUGACGCAUUGGAAUGACCGAAUCAUUAUAUCAAGAAUUGCAUCGAGUACCGGAGCACAUCGCACAUC